UAUAUUAAUUCUUAGUUUAAAACUUUACUUUGCUUUUCCUUUUAAGUAACGAUAUAAAAAGCAGUAGUAAUAAACAAAAUGAUUUAUAUUAACACCAAAAACUUACAAAUAUAGCACACUUGCCAUAUUACAAGAAUGUCAAAUAUGAAAGCAACUUAUGUGGUAGUAGGCGGAGGCAUUGCUGGAGUAACCUGUGUUGAUACCUUAGCCAUACUGCAUCCAGAGGAAAGUGUUCUUUUAAUCACUGCAUCUUCAUUAGUUAAAAAUGUAAGCAAUGUAAGUUUUUUUGCCAAAACCAUAGUAAAAUUUGAUGUCCAUGAAACGGAGGCAAGUUCUUUAAAGAGGAUACACCCAAACCUUACUAUUGUUUAUGAUUCUUUAACACACAUUGAUACAGUUAAUAAAGUGGUUACUACUGAUGGAGGCAUAUUGUUGGAAUAUAACGUGCUAUGCAUUUGUACUGGUGGCAUACCAAAACUUAUUUCAGACUCAAAUAAUAGUAAAAGAAUCCUUGGUAUUAGAGACACAGAGUCUGUACACGAAUUUCAGAGUAAACUUAAAUCAGGCCGCAGGAUGCUUAUAGUUGGAAAUGGUGGUAUUGCAUCGGAAAUUGUUCAUGCCACAAGAGGAAUACAAAAGGUUUGGGUUAUAAGAGAUGAUUAUAUAUCAGCAACAUUUAUAGAUCCUGGUGCAGCAGAGUUCUUUCAAGACACAUUUAAAAAUAAAUCUGCAGAAGAAACUUCUGCAAGCGCUGUACUAAGAAGACAUAUAUUUACGGAGGAAGAUACUCUAGUGAGCCUGAAUAAAGAUUUAAAAUCUGCAGCAUUAGGCCCUGACUGGUAUCGUAAACUGGAAAGCAUAAGAAAUGAAACUGGUGAACAAGAACUUCAAAUUAUAUACAAAGUUGAAGUAGUCUCUGUUAUGGAAAGAGAUGGAGAGUAUCCAUUGGAAGUAGAACUUACUAAUGGACAGAAAAUUCAAUGUGAUUUUGUAAUAUCAGCAACUGGAGUGAUACCAGCCAAUAAUUUUACUUGGGAUUGUAAGCCAGGAAUAGGUUUAGAUGGAGGGCUUUCAGUUAAUGAAUUCCAGGAGACAACAAUAAAAGAUGUUUAUGCUGCUGGUGAUGUAGCUCAUGCGGCUUGGAAUCCUGGUGCUCAUUGGUUUCAACUAAGACUGUGGACUCAAGCGCGACAAAUGGCCAGCAUGGCUGCAAAAGCCAUGCAUGCAAGAAUCACUAAUGAAAAAAUUUUACAAGACUUUUGUUUUGAAUUAUUCACUCACUGCACUACUCUUUUUGGGUAUAGAAUAGUUUUAUUAGGAAAAUAUAAUGGUCAGGGUUUGGGGAACAAUUAUGAAAUUCUUUUAAGGACUACACCUCGUCUCGAGUAUAUAAAAUUUGUGAUACAGAAUGGUAGAUUACAAGGUGCAAUACUAAUUGGUGAGACUGAUUUAGAAGAAAUGUGUGAAAAUCUUAUCCUUGAUCAAAUUGAUUUGACACCAUUUGGUGAUGAUAUAUUAAAUCCUGAUAUUGAUAUUGAUGAUUAUUUUGAUUAGUAUUUAUAAAAUAUAUAGUAUUAGAAAUUUUAUUUUUUUUAUUUUCACUUUUAUAUAAGUUUGUGAGUAUUAUUAUGUUAAUACUCACAAUUUGUGAUAAAUUAGGUUUAGUGAUUCUAAUUUGUAGAUAUAGUUACUCAAAAGAAAGAAAUGUA